ACGUGGCCCGUUCUCAACCCCAGCAGGAUCCCUUCCUUCCAAAAUGGGGAGCGAGGUCAGAGGAGACAGAGACGAGAUGGGGUUAGGAGGAGGGGCGAUGACCGACGAGCGGAGGAACCUCCUCGCGCCGCCUCGUUUCGACAACGGAGAUGAGGAGGCGUCCGUCGUCGGGACCAUCGGGGUCGUCCCCAAGGACGGGUUCCACGUCGCGUACCUGGUGUACUUCACCCUGGGAGCCGGGUUCCUCCUCCCAUGGAACGCCUUCAUCACUGCCGUCGAUUACUUCAGUUACCUCUAUCCGGCGGCCCCUGUGGACCGUGUCUUCUCCGUGGCCUACAUGCUCUCCUGCCUCCUCCUGCUCCUCCUCAUCGUCGGGUGGGCCCACAAGUCGAGCGCGCCGGUGAGGAUCAACGCCGGGCUCGCGCUUUUCACGGUGGCGCUGCUCGUCGUGCCGGUGAUGGACGCGUCGUAUGUGAAGGGAGUGAGAGGGAUUUAUUCGGCCUACGACGUCACUGUCUCCGCUGUUUUGCUCUCCGGCAUCGCUGACGCGCUCGUCCAGGGAGGGGUCGUCGGGGCCGCUGGCGAGCUCCCCCAACGGUACAUGCAGGCGGUUGUUGCCGGCACCGCCGCUUCCGGAGUACUUGUCUCAGCCAUGAGAGUCAUUACAAAAGCCAUCUAUCCACAAGAUGCUCAUGGGUUAAGAAAAAGUGCAAACCUCUACUUCGUAGUCAGUAUUGUGGUGAUGGUCAUCUGUCUUAUUUGCUACAAUGUGGCAGACAGGCUUCCUGUUGUCCAAUAUUAUAAAGAUAUUAAAUCUCAGGCUCAAAAAGAAGAAAAUAGUGAGAAGGGUUCCAUGAGUGGAUCUGCUUGGAGGUCAACCUUGUGGCAUAUUAUAGGAAGAAUCAAAUGGUUUGGGUUUGGAAUCUUUCUUAUCUAUGUUGUUACUCUGUCCAUAUUUCCGGGAUACAUCACAGAGGAUGUGCACUCUGAGGUCCUCAAAGACUGGUACCCAAUUGUACUUAUCACUGGAUACAAUGUGUUUGAUCUGGUUGGGAAGUCUCUGACUGCAUUCUUUCUCCUUGAGAAUACUAAUAUUGCAGUUGCUGCCUGUGUUGCAAGGCUGCUGUUUUAUCCUCUCUUCCUGGGUUGCCUGCAUGGUCCUGAAUUCUUCCGAACAGAAAUUCCAGUAACAGUAUUGACAUGCCUUUUGGGGUUAACAAAUGGUUACUUGACUUCUGUUCUGAUGAUUCUUGCGCCCAAAACUCUGCCCAUACAGCACGCUGAGACUGCAGGGAUUGCAAUUGUUUUGUUCCUAGUACUUGGCUUAGCAGUUGGUUCAAUUGUGUCCUGGUUUUGGGUCAUUUAGUGAAGUUGUACCAUAAUUGCCAAAUGCUUGGACUCAAGGCUUGCUUUAUUUAUGCAUUUACUAUAUUCUAUGUAAGAAUUUGUAUCUUGAGUUUGGUAUGUGGAUGCUUUAGUGAUGCUUCAGGAUGAAAAAUUGUAUCAAUAUAGUCAAUAAUUUGUGAUCUGCGUUAUAGUCCAUUCAACUGUUGAAUGUAUGGAUGCUCCAUUCUGCAUU